CGUGUCCCAUCUCUCAGUCGCACGCCAAAAACAGGUAGUACUGGGAGGUUCCGAUUCCAGUCACCAGCGCCGCACUUGUCUUUAAUAUGGCCGGCGGCGGGGUCUCCGGCGUCGUACUCCUCGAUCUCUUGCGUGACGUCUUAACUGCUGGGCCCGCCGCCUCCGGCAUUGCAGACGACGAUGCAUUGUUACUGUUCAGGAAAGACUGUACCGAUCUGGUACGUCGGAUCGCGUUGCUCACGCAUUUGCUCGAGGAGAUCAGGGAAUUCGGUGGAGCCGGCGGCCUUUCUCCGCCGUUGGAUGCGUCGACUUCUUCUUCCUCCUCCUCAUCGUGGUUGUCAGAUCUGGUGGUGGCUCUCCGGGCCACCAAGCACCUUUUGUUGCUCGCUGGAAACUUCCGCUCCAGUAGCUCUUCCGAUGGAGCUGCCAGGAGAAUUUCCUCCCAAUUUCAAUGUGUGAUAUGGAAAUUGGAGACGGCAUUAAGCAGCAUACCAUAUGAUCAUUUUGGCAUCUCAGAGGAAGUUCAAGAACAGGUGGAACUGGUGAGAUCACAGCUGAGAAGAGCCACAGAAAGAUACGGAUCUUCAAAUUCCAAAAUGUUAUCUCUGGCCUUAGCUCAGCUGCUGGAUGAAGAAAUUGAUCAGGGGCAAUCAGUUGACAGGGUGAUUGAAAGUUUACAUAUUCGGAAGAGUGGUAGUAUUGAUGAUGACAUUAUGACAAAGGUAGAUGCUAUUCCUGAAGGUAAUGGUUCCAAAAGACGUCACUUGAAACUGAUACAUCAGAAAUCUGAAAGGUUCAGAAACUCUUCUGAUCCUUCUGAGGGCUGUCCAGCAAAUAACGUUGAAGCUGAUGGACAGGACGAUUUGGCUACCAACAAUUUAGAGCUUAUCAAGAAACCUGAUCCAGUCGUAAUUCCUGAAGAUUUUCUUUGCCCUAUAUCUUUGGAACUCAUGAGGGAUCCAGUUAUUGUGGCUACCGGACAGACGUAUGAGAGAGCUUUCAUACAGAGAUGGAUAGAUUCUGGGAAUGCAACAUGUCCAAAAACUCAGCAGAAGCUCGAAAAUUUUACACUUACUCCUAAUUAUGUUCUGAGAAGUUUAAUAACUCAGUGGUGUAUUGACCACAAUAUUGAGCAGCCAACCAGACUAACAAAUGGGAGGAUUAAAAAGAGUGAUGGAUCAUUUCGUGAUGUUAGUGGGGACAUAGCAGCCAUUCAAGCUCUAGUCCGCAAGCUCUCUAGCCAGUCCACUGAGGAGUGUAGAGCAGCUGCGGCUGAAAUAAGAUCACUAUCCAAAAGAAGCACAGAUAACAGAGUACUAAUUGCAGAAUCUGGAGCCAUUCCAAUCCUGGUCAACCUUUUAACAACAGAAGACGUGUUAACACAAGAAAAUGCAGUUACUUCCAUUCUUAACCUCUCUAUAUUUGAAAACAAUAAGGGUCUUAUAAUGCUCGCGGGAGCUGUUCCUUCAAUUGUACAAGUCCUUAGAAAUGGAAGCAUGGAAGCAAAAGAGAAUGCAGCAGCUACCCUUUUUAGCUUGGCUCUUGCAGAUGAGAACAAAAUAAUAAUAGGUGCAUCAGGUGCAAUCCCAGCUUUGGUGGAAUUGCUGCAAACCGGUAGCUCUAGAGGGAAGAAGGACGCAGCAACAGCAUUGUUCAAUUUGUGCAUUUACCAGGGGAACAAAGGCAGGGCCGUGAGGGCAGGAAUCAUCGCAGCAUUAUUGAAGAUGCUUACAGAUUCAAGCAUUUGUAUGGUUGACGAAGCUCUAACUAUAAUGUCAGUUCUUGCUAGCCACCAAGAGGCAAAGGCUGCUAUUGUAAAGGCUAGCUCUAUUCCCGUUUUGAUAGAUCUUUUAAGAACAGGUCUACCUCGCAACAAAGAAAAUGCUGCAGCAAUUUUGCUUGCCUUGUGCAAGAGAGAUACUGACAAUCUUGCCUGCAUAAGUAGGCUUGGUGCUGUCAUCCCCUUGACAGAGGUUGCUAAGAGUGGCACGGAGAGGGCCAAACGGAAGGCUACUUCAUUGUUGGAGCAUCUCCGAAAGUUACAACAGAUUUAAUAGGGGUAGUUGUCCCUAAAGAAAUUUUCAUUUGUUUCAUUGCUUCCAAUUAUUUAACAGAUGGAACGUUACAUACGCAUAUUUCUUUUCAGGAGUGGAAACUGAGAAUAGGGGCUUGAGAUAAUAAUGACUGUCUCAUUGCCUCUGUGUAUUUAUUCCCUUGUGUAUGAGUGUGUAAAGAAUUCAUUUGAUACGAAAUGAUGUUUUCUCAAA